ACUACCAAUAGGUCCGGAUAAGUCGUGAGUGUCGCAAACCCGGCUGAUGUCGGAAGGUGUCGGCUAAAUGAAAGGCACUUGUCCUCCUCUUGGUUAUAUAUGCUGCCGUUGUAGCUUUCGAUUGACUUCGAGUGCGGCCUUUUGUGGAUCUUAUUAAUAGUGAAAAUGUCUGUAUAUAGUAUUGAACAACUCGGGAUGCAAAUUUGUAUGGUUCGUGGGCGAAGAAUUCAACUGAUUUUUAAUAAGCUAAAGUGUGAAACAUACCCAGAAAGCACAAGUCAAGAGAAAAACAACGAAAGGAAACCUUGACUGUGACUUACAUUGCACUUCAUCUGUUGCAGAGCAUUACUUUCGAGGUACGUGACUUUUAUGAUCCAAUUACGUCGAUAUGCUAAAAAUAAAAUAUAUAGUGUUUCUGUUGGCUGUCUCCAUGCAAAUACGGAUUAGAGCAGACAAUGGAGGAGAUACGCGGUCCUUCACAAUCGAUUACGAUCACGACACGUUCCUGAUGGAUGGAUCACCAUUUCGUUUUAUUUCUGGAUCAUUUCACUACUUUCGUGCUUUACCCGAUUCAUGGCGACAAAUAUUACGCUCCAUGCGAGCUGCAGGAUUAAAUGCUGUCAUGACGUAUAUCGAAUGGUCAACCCAUGAACCGACGGAAGGGAACUACAAAUGGGAUGGUAUUGCAGAUCUUGAGCAGUUCAUUACACUAGCCGAAGAAGAAAAUUUGUACGUUAUAUUGCGCCCGGGUCCUUAUAUAUGCGCUGAGCGUGACAUGGGUGGAUUUCCUUACUGGCUUCUGACCAAGUAUCCUCACGCUAAAUUACGUACCUACGAUACGGAUUAUUUGCGGGAAGUGACAAAAUGGUACGGCGUAUUAAUGCCACGUAUUCAAAAAUACUUAUAUGGGCGAGGUGGACCAGUGAUCAUGGUGUCAAUCGAGAACGAGUAUGGGUUUUUCUCUUCGUGUGAUGUCAAAUAUCUCUCCUUUCUAAAGAACCUGACAGAAUCCUAUGUACAAAAUGAUGCUGUACUAUUCACGAACGAUGCACCAGAUUGGUUGCAAUGCGGUACCAUUCCGGACGUUUUAGCAACUCUAGAUUUUGGGUCCACUGACAAUCCAGCUCGUCAUUGGCAAAUGUUAAGAGCAUAUCAACCGAAAGGACCCCUAGUGAAUGCAGAGUUCUAUCUUGGCUGGCUAACACACUGGUCGGAACCGAUGGCUAGAGUUGCGAUAGAACCACUGAGUAACACACUGCGUCUAAUGUUGGCGCAAGGAGCCAAUGUCAAUUUUUACAUGUUUUUCGGAGGAACGAAUUUCGCCUUUACUGCGGGUGCGAAUGAAAGAGAUUCCGGAUUGAUCCAUGCUGAUAUAACAUCCUACGACUAUGAUGCUCCACUUGAUGAAGCGGGUGACCCGACACCGAAAUAUUACGCUCUUCGGAGCGUUAUAUUAGAGUUCUUCCCAGAUCCUGGACUACCUGUUCCACAGAAGCUUCCAAAAAUGAAAAUUCCUCCAGUCCAGUUAAAUGCGCGAGGAUCUUUACUAUCCGAUGCAGCCAGAGAUAUUUUGGCAAAAUAUACCAUAUCCGCCGAGCGCACAUUGGGAUUUGAAGCUCUUAACCAAAACUCUGGUUUCAUAUUGUAUGAAGCAGAUAUUCCUAAAGAAUUGAAUCAAGAUCCUCUAGCUCUUUACGUAAAUAAUCUUCAUGGUCGUGCAUACGUACACGUCAAUAAUCAAUUCGUAGGAGUUCUUUCUAGGGAUAGCGGAAUUUUUUCACUACCAAUCAGCUUGGGACUGGGCUAUCGGCUUCAAUUGUUAGUCGAAAAUGAAGGUCGCAUCAACUUUGAUAUUCCAAAUGAUUUCAAGGGCAUUCUGGGAUCGGUCACGCUUGAUGGAAAUGAAGUACUAAAUUGGACAAUGACCGGUUUCCCAUUGGACGACUAUUCACUAAUUCAAAAUUACAUUGAUCGCUAUGUCAACUACAUCGCAGAAUCGCGAGAGCUCGCUUCUGUUCGAGUAUUCCAUGGAACGUUCAUUAUUGAUGCUGAGGAAAUUUACGAUACCUACGUCGAUCCUACUGGUUGGGGGAAAGGUUUGAUUUUUAUUAAUGGGUUUAACUUGGGAAGGUACUGGCCACUCGUGGGGCCUCAAGUUACACUAUACGUACCGCGACACAUACUUCUUCGGGGAUCUAAUAACAUAGUAGUGAUUGAGUAUCAAAGGAACGUACAAGAGAACGCCACCAUAUCGUUUACCGACGAACCAAAGUUGGAUGGAUUGUAGUGUAAGGAUUUUGUGAUGAAAUAUUUUCGAUAGUGAAUAAAUAUUUAGUUGAAGAGAACGAAACAUUCGUCUUAAAGAUAACAACAAUAAUAAUAUUAUUAAUAAUAAUCAGAAGAAGAAGAAUU